UCCGUUAAUUUACAUCUAUUUGAACAUUUAUUAAAGCCAUGAUAUUAUCUAUGGCCAUGAUUAAACCUAAAUUUAUUUAAUAAUAUACCUGUUGAUGCUAAUGAACGAGGAUAUGGAUGUAUUUCUUGUAACAUUGUGUUAGUUGUGCCUUAUGUGGGUUUGCGGUUGAGGUGUGGCCUGCAAUAUAUAAGAUUUCUGUCGUGAUACGUACAAUAUUUGGAAAAAUAGGAAAAUUCAGUUCAUUACCACUACCUAGUGUUAAUGUAAUAUAGUUUGCUUGUUGCUGAGGGAGUAUUACAAAUUAUAAUUGCAAAAUGGGUCAUCCAACAGUAGAGCCUGCAAGAAAUUUUAAUGUUACUGAAGAUGCUGAAAAUCUUCGUGCUGCUAUGAAAGGCUUGGGUACUGAUGAAGAUAAAAUAAUUGAAAUCCUUACUAAUAGAUCAAAUUCCCAGAGAUUGCAAAUUGCCAAGUAUUUUGAUGAAAAUCUUGAAAGAAACUUAAUUGAAGAUCUGAAAAGUGAACUUGGAGGAAAUUUCGAAGACGUCAUUGUGGCCUUGUGUCUGCCUCCGGACGAAUAUUUAUGCAAACAGUUGCAUAAAGCAAUGGAGGGCAUGGGAACUGAAGAUGCCACUUUAAUUGAAAUUAUUUGCUCCAGAAAUAACGACGAAAUUACUCAAUUGGUUGAAACAUAUGAAAGAUUGUUUGACCGUCCAUUAGUAGAACAAAUGUGCAGCGAAACUUCUGGUGAUCUUCGUCGACUUUUAACAUUGAUUUUAACUGGCGUGCGUGAUAGUAGUAAUGAGGUUGAUCCUGAAAAGGCACGGCAACAAGCUGACGAACUGUAUGGUUCAGGUGAGGGAAAAUUCGGAAGUGAUGAGAGCACAUUUAGCAGAAUACUUGCUCACGAGAAUUUUAAUCAGUUAAGAAGAAUAUUUGAGGAAUAUAAAGAAGUAUCAGGGAAUACAAUAGAACAAGCCCUUAGACAUGAACUAAGCGGGGAAUUCUUAGAUGCUCUUCUAGCUAUAGUGGAGUGUGUACAAAGCCCUCCUGCAUAUUUUGCAAAGCGCCUAUAUGAAUCUAUGAAAGGAAUUGGUACAGAUGAUAACACCCUCGUUCGUGUAAUAGUAAGCCGAUCUGAAAUAGACCUGGAAGAUAUAAAGAGGGAAUUUGAAAGAAUUUACGACAAGACAUUGUCCAGUUUCAUAAGCCAGGGCGAAACAUCUGGAGAUUAUAAACAUGCAUUAUUGUCUCUCAUAAAAUGAAAAAAAUGGAAAGUUAACCAUUAUAGCAGUAUUAAUUAUAUUUUAUAUCUACAUACAUGCUGAUAUUUACAUAAACAUAAUUUUGCUUAAUAUUUACGUUUAUAUGAGCAAGCUUAGCUCUGCUGAAUAAAAGAGGUGAUAAUCGGG